GUUUUUGUCGCUACACAAUAUUUCAUCGUGCUUAGCUUAGCUUAAGCCUCGAUUGGCAGUGACAUAUUCGAUGUAUUGGUGUUACGAAGUCAACGACGUGCAAAAACCUGGCCAUUGGAUUUGAGACUGCCCGGAUGAUAUGAGCUGUACAAAUCUCGUCGUGGAGGCAUGGACAUGUUGGGCCAUAGCCGUCGUCUUUAUUGCUGUGAGAAUUUCUGCACGGGUCUCGAAUUUGGGAUGGAGACAAUUAAAAUUGGAUGAUGGUUUAAUGUUUGCCGCUUUGUUCGCAUAUACAGCAGAAGCAACCUCAUCAUACUACCUCGUGGCUCGAUGGUUAGGUUAUUCGAAUGGUGGAAUGACUGGGAUAGAGCGUCAGACUCUUGAUCCCAAUUCUUUAGAAUGGUUGUAUCGAGUUAAUGGGGCUAAAACCCAUAUUUGGAAUUGGGUAACUUAUAUUUCGUUAAUGUGGUUACUAAAAGCUUGCUGGAUCACCUACUAUGCUCGUUUAAUUUCAGCCGCUGAGAAAAGAUCAUUGAGACGUAUCACUGUAGGAUAUGUGGUGUUGGGUGUCACAUAUCUAUCAGCUAUUCUGGUAGUAUUUUGUAAAUGUAUGCCAUUGAAGAAGCAAUGGCAAAUUUAUCCAGAUCCAGGAAAUUCCUGUUAUUCUGGCAAUUCUAUCUUUCAAAUGGCUUUUAUUAUGUCUCUUAAUACAGUAACACAUAUGUAUAUCAUGGCCAUACCGCUUCCUACUAUUCUUAGCACAAAAGGAAUGUUACCAUAUCAAAAGCUUUUCCUUCUCGUCCUUUACAGUGGGGGAUUUCUCGUCACCGUCUUCGGAAUAUUACGUUGUGUUUCCAUUUUGACCGUAAGUUCUGGCUCCGAUGCUCUAGGCACAGCCAGAUCCAGCGGACAAUGGUCCCUGCGCGAAUCAUUUCUCGCAGUCCUCGUAACCAAUCUGCCAAUUAUCGCUCCAAUCAUCAAACGUUUUUCCCAACAAGUCCGUGAUCAAUCCACGAAACUAUCAUCGCACACUAGAAGCUCGCCUUUUCGUGAUGAGGAACUCGAAUUGGGCGAAUUGAAAUCGAAUCACGAAAGAUCUCUAUCGAGAGGGAGAAAACAAUCUUUGAUUCCCAGGAUUAAAGAGAUUGGACCUGGGGAGUGGGAUGACGAUGAGGCUAUUAUGGUUCCGAAAGCUACACUGCGGAGAUCUAACAUGGGGUCCAAAAGUCCGGCGCCGAGUGAGGAUGAGAGGGGUAAUUAUUUCCAGUCUCAUGCGCACACGUCCACUCCUAGUACUGGCAAUGGGAGCUCGAAAGAAGAAUUACAGAUAUUGGAAUUACAACAGCGAUUGGAUUUAGUACCGAAGAAAGAAAAGAGUAACAUGAGAACGACGAUUCAGGCGGGCUAUGGAAAUCAUAAUCGCUGGAAUUGGAGUAAGGAUGAGAGGAAAGAUGGAGAUGAGGAGGUGGAAGAGGGUCAGAUUAGAGUGGUGCAGGAAUUUAGAUUUACGAAUAGUGCGAGUGGGGUUUAUGGGGGACCUGUUGCUGGGCGAUAGGUUGGUGGUGGAUGAUUGGGGAUUGCUGUCGUGUAUGUGUGAAGAGAAAUAUCUGGAGAAAGAGGUAACUCUAAAGGAGCAAAGAGAGGAUAGGAGAAGCGAAAAUGGGGAAGUGGGAGGGGGCGGAGAAAGACGGAAUUAUAUGAUACCCAAUGUUAGCAUUUUUCAAUUCAAUCUCGCACUUAAAAAGGCCGGCUCA